UUCUGUUUCUCCUUCUACUGGUAUACCUGGAAAUCCUUGAAGUAGUGCCCCAACUAUACAAGAUGGCAAGCGUAUCAAGAGCAAUGCGGCCAUUGACCGCUGCCGCCGCACGAGUCGGAGGACGACGGGUCGCGGUGCCACGCCAGAGACUCCGAUUCAACACUGCCCGAUGCCUCUCCACCACUCGUCCCCUCCACAAUGACUCCACCAUCGACCUGACCGAUCUCCAACCCACGCCGAUCAGCCACUUCUCCGAAAUCGAGACCAUGAUGGCGGACAGCGUCGGCAAAUUCGCCCGCGAAGUCAUCCUCCCCAAAGUCCGGGACAUGGACGAGGCCGAAACGAUGGACCCGACAGUCGUCGAGCAGCUGUUCGAGCAGGGGUUGAUGGGUGUCGAGAUACCGGAGGAGUAUGGCGGAGCCGGUAUGAACUUCACGGCGGCGAUCGUGGCGAUCGAGGAAUUGGCGAGGGUGGACCCGAGUGUCAGUGUCAUGUGCGAUGUGCAUAAUACGUUGGUGAACACGGCAGUGUUGAGGUGGGGAACGGAGGCACAGACGAAGAAGUGGUUGCCGAAGCUGGCGACGGAGACUGUUGGAUCAUUCUGCUUGUCCGAGCCAGUGUCCGGAUCCGAUGCAUUCGCCCUUGCCACCAAGGCGGAGAAGACCGCGUCAGGAUACAAGAUCAAUGGCAGCAAGAUGUGGAUAACAAACUCGAUGGAAGCCAAUUUCUUCAUCGUCUUCGCGAAUCUGAACCCCUCGGCCGGAUACAAGGGCAUCACGGCCUUCAUCUGUGAGAAGGACACCCCCGGAUUCAGCGUCGCCAAGAAAGAGAAGAAGCUUGGAAUCCGGGCUAGCUCGACCUGCGUGCUCAAUUUCGACGAUAUGGAAAUUCCGAAGGAAAAUCUUUUGGGUGAAGAGGGCAAGGGCUACAAGAUGGCAAUCAGCCUACUCAACGAAGGCCGGAUCGGUAUCGCUGCGCAAAUGACCGGUCUUGCAUGGGGAGCGUUCGAGAACGCCGCGAGCUACUGCUUCAACGACCGCAAACAAUUCGGCCAGCUCAUCGGCACCUUCCAAGGCAUGCAACACCAGAUCGCACAAUCCUACACCGAGCUCCAAGCCGCGCGGGCCCUCGUGUACAACGCCGCCCGCAAAAAGGAAGCCGGCCUGGACUUCGUCCGCGACGCCGCGAUGGCGAAGCUGUACGCGUCGCAGGUCGCGGGCAAGCUGUCGUCCAGCGCGGUCGAAUGGAUGGGCGGCAUGGGGUUCGUACGGGAGGGGCUCGCGGAGAAGUUCUUCCGGGAUAGCAAGAUUGGGGCGAUUUAUGAGGGGACGAGCAAUAUUCAGUUGACGACGAUUGCGAAGAUGUUGCAGCAGGAAUAUACGAAGUGAGGCGGCCAGGGAUAGGCUUGCGCUGCUUCGGUGCUGGGAAGGAUGGGGUAUGGGACGUCCACCGUUUGGGAUAUUAGAGAAUAAAGAGAUUCCUCGGGGAAGAGGAGACGGACUGAUCUGCAUAAGACGCAGGACAUGUUGGUAGACAGAUCUCACCGAGCCAGUUUGGUUUAUGAGCAUUGAGCAUUAUAUAAAUGUGUAUCUGUUGGUUUAAUUUGCAUACCUGGCUCUGAUUUGUCUCCGUCUACCAUUUACCCUUUCCCUCGCCACGCACAUAUGAUUCUCCGUAUAGCAACCCAUUAAGCUAUCGUCACUCUACCGAGGUGUGGAUGUUUCAUGCACGAACCUUUCGAUCCAACUUUCACCACCUGGACUCCUGGAGGCUCUUCGAAGGAUCAAGCC